UUCUCAUCUCCCCUCACACCGCUGCCCGCCUUCAUUAUCGACUUCGUACCGCCCCUCACGCCGCUCCCCGCCUCUCACAACCGCCCUCACACCGCUCUCUGCCUCUCACCUCCCUUCACAGUGCUUCCCGCCCCUCACUAUCGACUUCGUACCGCCCCUCACACCGCUCCCUGCCUCUAACACCGCUCUGCACUGCUCUCCACCCCUCACGCCGCUCCCCGCCUCUCACCGCCCCUCACACCUCUUCCCGCCCCUCACUAUCGACUUCGUACCGCCCCUCAGACCGCUCCCUGCUCUCACGAUCCCGCCCCACCCCAAUCGCUCCGAACCGCAGAAGGCGCUGCCGCUCGGCUCGGUGCGCGUUUUCCUGCGCGGUUCCGCGGUCCUGCCCUGCCCUAGCCCGCUUGGCUCCCGGCGCUCCCGGUUCCCCCAUGGCGCUGAGGAGGGGCGUGCCGCCGGGCCGGCGCCCUCCCGCAGUUAAAGCUGGAGGUAUGAGAGUGUCUAAAAAGCAAGAAAACGGACCUGUUGAGAAAAAUGCUAAACUUCUAGGAAAAGAAAAGUCAAGUGCUAUUGUCAGUUUUGCAAAACCUCAGAACAUGGGUGUCUUGGUAGCAGAAGCACUGAACAAAAUGAGCCACAAAAUCCAUGCAGCAACACUACAAGUGGCUCACCAAAAGCCACAACCUACCUUGGAGAAGUUCAUAUUGCCUAAAAGAAUUUACAUUAUUCAACAGCCACGGAAAUGUUAAGAUAAUCACUAAAAUAGUUAUGUUUACUUAAAAGUGAGUUUCUAUUCUAUAUAGCACUUAGCACACUGUGGUGAAGUGUUCAAAAGCUGUGUGCUUUGUAUCUUGCCGUGUUUCUGUUACUGACAAUAAAUAUAAGAAGAGUUA